AGUCUCCCCCAGCAUCGGUCCUCCAGGCUUGAGGGAAUCUCCAGCCAGUGAGCCAGUGUCAGACCAUAGCAGGAGGCUGAGCUCCUGGGAGCUGACUGGGGUUUGCUUACCCUGUCCAGAGUGUCCUCCCUCAGACACGGAUCUCUUCUGGGAGCCGAACACUGACAGAUAGGUGGGCUCCAGCAAGACCAAGGGGCUGUGCUAAAGCUCACCCUUCAGUCAACUUCACCUGCUCCUCCCUCUACCUGUGCAGGCUCAGCAAAAAGAGAGGCUGCGUCCAGUUCUCCCUUCAAGACUUCUCACCCCUCCUGGUGAGCAGAAAUGGGAGACUGGAGUUUCCUGGGAGAGUUCCUCGAGGAGGUCCAUAAACACUCCACAGUGGUGGGGAAAGUCUGGUUGACCGUGCUCUUCAUCUUCCGGAUGCUGGUGCUGGGUACUGCAGCUGAGUCCUCCUGGGGGGACGAGCAGUCUGACUUCAUGUGCGACACCCAGCAGCCUGGCUGCGAGAACGUCUGCUACGACAAGGCUUUCCCCAUCUCCCAUGUCCGGUUUUGGGUCCUCCAGAUCAUCUUUGUCUCCACCCCAUCUCUGGUAUAUAUGGGCCACGCGAUGCAUACAGUGCGCAUGGAGGAGAAGAGGAAGAUGAAGGAGGCAGAAAUAGAGGCCCAGGAGAUGAAAAACAACGGUGAUACAUACUACCAGCAGAAGUGCCCCGCGGCCGAGAAGGCCGAGCUGUCUUGCUGGGAUGAAUCGGGAGGCAAAAUCAUACUCAGGGGCAGUCUGCUGAACACCUACGUCUAUAGCAUUUUGAUUCGCACUGCCAUGGAAGUGGCCUUCAUUGUGGGACAGUACGUCUUGUACGGGAUCUUCCUGGAGACCUUGUAUAUCUGCCAGCGGGCACCUUGCCCCCACCCUGUCAACUGCUACGUUUCCCGUCCCACAGAGAAGAAUGUGUUCAUCGUCUUCAUGCUGGCUGUGGCAGUGCUCUCUCUAUUCCUCAGUCUGGCCGAGUUGUACCACUUGGGCUGGAAGAAAGCCAAAGAGAGGUGCUCCCGGUCUUACAAACCCAGCCCCAGCUCAGCCCCCGGCAGAUUGGAAUCCGCCCCGCAAGUAGAAAGGGCCCAGAUGUACACUCCCCCACCAGAUUUUAACCAGUGUUUGUCAAGUCCCAAUGGGAAGUUCAUCAGCCCCUUCAGCAACAAGAUGGCCUCCCAGCAGAACACUGCCAACUUUGCCACCGAGAGGGUCCAUGGCCAGGAGGAUACUGCCGGUGAAGGGCCCUUCAUUAAGUCCAGCUAUGUGGAGAGUCCGGAGGUGGCCAACGAAUGUGCGGCACCCACCUUCCCCGAGAACUACUUCAGUUUUCGUGCCAGCAGCAAGGCGAGGUCGGAUGAUUUGUCUGUGUGA